AAGGCGCAAGGGCUGCUGGGACGGCCCCCAUCUUUACGCGCGUUAGGCGAGCUGGCGGCGUUGGGGAGGCUGGUCGCUGCAGUCACUGUUAGUGAUUUUUGUGGCCCGAGUCUGCUGGACCGGGACCUGAAAGACAGCCACAAUGGCCGAAAAUGGUGAUGAAAAAAUGGCUGCUCUGGAGGCUAAAAUCUGUCAUCAAAUUGAGUAUUAUUUUGGUGACUUCAAUUUGCCACGGGACAAAUUUUUAAAGGAACAGAUCAAACUGGAUGAAGGCUGGGUACCUUUGGAAAUAAUGAUAAAAUUCAAUAGGUUAAACCGUCUAACAACAGACUUCAAUGUAAUAGUAGAAGCAUUGAGCAAAUCAAAGGCAGAACUCAUGGAGAUAAGUGAAGAUAAAACCAAAAUCAGAAGGUCUCCAAACAAACCCCUCCCUGAAGUGACUGAUGAGUAUAAAAAUGAUGUAAAAAACAGAUCUGUUUAUAUUAAAGGCUUCCCUACUGAUGCAACCCUUGAUGACAUUAAAGAAUGGUUAGAAGAUAAAGGUCAAGUACUAAAUAUUCAGAUGAGAAGAACAUUGCACAAAACAUUUAAGGGAUCAAUAUUUGCUGUGUUCGAUAGCAUUGAGUCUGCCAAAAAGUUUGUGGAGACCCCUGGACAAAAGUACAAAGACACAGAUCUACUAAUACUUUUCAAGGAAGAUUACUUUGCAAAAAAAAAUGAAGAAAGAAAGCAAAAUAAAGUGGAAGCUAAAUUACGAGCUAAACAAGAGCAAGAAGAAAAACAAAAGUUAGCAGAAAAUGCCGAAAUUAAAUCUCUAGAAGAAAAAAUUGGCUGCUUGCUGAAAUUCUCGGGGGACCUAGAUGAUCAGACCUGUAGAGAAGAUUUGCACAUCCUUUUCUCAAAUCAUGGUGAAAUAAAAUGGAUAGACUUUGUCAGAGGAUCAAAAGAGGGAAUAAUUCUAUUUAAAGAAAAAGCUAAGGAAGCACUGGAUAAAGCCAAAGAUGCAAAUAAUGGUAACCUACAACUAAGGAACAAAGAAGUGACAUGGGAAGUACUAGAUGGAGAUGUGGAAAAAGAAGCACUGAAGAAAAUCAUAGAUGAUCAGCAAGAAUCCCUAAACAAAUGGAAGUCAAAAGGUCGCAGAUUUAAAGGAAAAGGAAAGGGAAAUAAAGCUGCCCAGACUGGGUCUGCUAAAGGAAAAGUACAGUUUCAGGGCAAGAAGACUAAAUUUGAUAGUGAUGAGGAACGUGAUGAAAAUGGUGCAUCUGGACCAGGAAAAAGAGCAAGAGAAGAAACAGACAAAGAAGAACCUGUAUCAAAACAGCAGAAAACAGAAAAUGGUGCCGGAGACCAGUAGUUUAGUAAAAAACUUUUUAUUCAUUUUAAUUAGGUUUUCAGCUGCUUUUGUCUUUGGAGGCUUUUAAAAAAGAAAACCGUAUUAGGUCCACUUCAAUGUCCACCUUUAAAAAAGGAAAAUUUUUUGUUGUUUAGCUUGUCUCUUUUUUUGUUAUCCAAAUGAGGAUAUUUUUGAUGUACAGUUCUAUGUUAUUUCAGAUAACUCAAAUAUCAGAAGAAAGAUUCUUGUACUAAACUGCCUUUUUAAUAUGAGAAUGUAUUAGUACAAACUAAUAAAAUAUACUAUGUAAAAAGAGCAAAAAUUUAGUUUGUUUUAUUUUUACCCAAAGUAUGAGAAAGAAUUUAUUUUAAACCAGAAUAUUGGCUGUUGGUUAUAGGCCAUUCCAUAAUUUGUCUCCCAGGCUGGCUUUCUGUAUUUACUUGGGCAACUUGGUAACAUUAGAAAUAAUUACUUAUUGUAAAGUUCAAGAGACUUACUGAUUUCUUUUUAUGAAAUUUGUAUGAUGCUGGCAGGUCAUAUCUCAGCUCUAUAAAACAACAAAAAAGGCCAACUAAGGAUAAAAAUUCUAUUUCCAAGCAUUUACCACCCUUGACUAAAAACCACCCCAUGAAUUAUGAAAGCACUUAAUGCUGGUACAAUGAAGAUUCCAGGCCUGUCACUUUAACUUGGUAUCCAAGGACUGCCAUGAUGAAUCCCAAGGUUAACCACGGGAAGUUGAGUUUGGCAUUUCUGCUAUUUUGGUCACUUAAACCAAAAUUUGAGAUUAUGGAGAAGAGUUGAGAAGGGUAACAAAUGGACAAAAAAGUAUAUCCUACGAAAGUGAUAGUACCUUCCUAUUUUUAAUUUCCUAAUUAAUAGCACUCUCAUAAUAACACUUAUUUUAAAAUUUUGUCUGGAUUUUAGUAGUGAUAGUAAGUAGCUAAGUAUUUUCCUACUAAGCUCAAUGAAAACCCAUUUUUUUCCAUAUUCUUUCUUUCUAAAGAAUAAUGUAAGUUCUCCAAACUUACUACUGAUCCAUUUCAGAGGGAUGCAAAUGAGUCUACCUAUCCCUUCAUAUUUUACAACAUAAAUUCUAACUCUAGGUCACAGCUCUCAAAUUUUAAUGUGCAGUCAAAUCACCCUCAAAUAAAAUCUUGUUGAGGUGCAGGAUAUAAUUCAGUAGGUUUGGGUAGAGAGUAGAAUUCUGCAAGUCUGACAAGCUCCCAAGGGAUGUCAACACUGAUGAUCUAAGGACCACACGUGGAGCAGUAAGGCCCUGGUCUGGUACACUGCUGAAUCUGUUCUGAGGUGGAUGCUCUGUGUCACACAUCCUUAUACCUUUAAUAAUAUGAAGACUGAUGUUUCACACAUUACUAAUUAUUAAGAACAGUAACUAGUUAUAUGGUAAUGCCAUAGUUUUAACUGAUAGUUUAUCAUCAUGUAAAAAAACAUUUCCCCAUUACUGUACACAUUUCAGAUUUUACAAAAUUGGAUUACAGUUAGCUUAUUGUUGUAUGCUUUCCCCAUUUUGAUGUUUGUGAAUAUUCUCCAAUUUACUAAUAAAAAUGUAAUAAGCAUGA